AUGUUCUUGAUGAGAUCUCGCUCCUCUGGCCGGCGUGUGUGGGUGCCCCUGCCCAACCAAACGGUUGCGCGCGGUGCUGCCAGUGCACCCGAGAAGACAGCUGAGGUGCUGCAGCCGAUGUUGGACAACAUCCACAGCAGCUGCUUUCUGGGAGCCGACUCCGGACCCGCGCUGCAGUCAGGGGCGGCAGCAGUUGGGGCCAUGGCCAGUGCGGCGUGCCAUAGCCGCGAGGAGUUCACGCCCUUGCUGAGCCUGCGCAAGAAGAACCUUUCACCCGAGCACCUCAAGACGUUUCGUAAGUUUGCCAAAGGCAAAGGUGGCCAGAAGACGGUCCACGAAACCAGCCACACGUUUCAGGUCCUCGGGGGGGAUAACCCCGCCGAGGCUGUGUUCAGCCAGGCGAAGAAUCAACUUCGGCGUGUCAAUCGUCUUGGUCGAGACGCUGCUAAGACAGUCUCCAAAUCGUUUUUGGCCGCGCAAUGGUCCCUGCACAGACCAGGCCUCCUGAAUCUUCUCCAAGCCUUCAGGGCAUACCAAGCGUGGAACGUUGAUCGUUUGGGUGUGGACCCUUAUGAUCAACUCACGGAAGAUCGGCCUUGGGAGCGCGAUAGAAACAGCGUUGGCACUCCGCAGAAAAGCUUCUGGGCGCGGCUUAACGUGCUGCCCAGAAGCAGCGUUCGCACGCUGGCCGUCGACUGGGCCGGCAAGCGCGCCGUGACGGGCAAUGACGACGGCUACUUUGUCAUCUGGGACCUCCAGGAGCAGGUCGGUCAGAGGAUUCUGAACUGCAAGGUUGGGAUGAUCCUGUCGAUAUAUCCAGACUGGGCCAAGAUGCGGAUGCUCGUGGGCCAUGGCGAUUGCGACCUGGAUCUGCUGAGCCUCAAGGACGGCUCGCGGAUCAAAGCCGCUUGGCAAAGCAUGGGCCAGUAG